GCUGUCUCCGCACCUUUCCGUCCUUCCCUGCCUGGAUGGCGCUGUGGUUACGUCUCCUUCUUCUCCUACUCCUUUUUUUCCUUUUCGUCUUCUGCGACCUGUCACCAAUUGCUUCUAACGAAGAUCAGGUAGUCAGGAGGUCGCCGCUACACACUCCUGUCGAGGCGUCCAUACAGGCGGCAAUGGAAGCCUCUCGUGUGGCACCUUCAUUAAUGCAAUAUAACAAGGGUCCUGAAACAGCCAGUGCAGUCAACGGGGUAACAAGACAGGGGCGGUGGAAGCAGGACAGCGACGACCAGAGAGCGGAACACAGGCCGUCCGAGGCACCACGAAAGGAGACAGAGUUCAGAACAGAGCUGUUUGAGAAUCCAUUAUCGCGUUUGACAAAACCUAGUGGAUCAGAAGAGAUACCCGAGGUGGUGAUUGAAAUUGAAGAUGGAACAGAGCCACAGAAAAGAAUAGCGACCUCAGUUGAGUUUGCAGCAGAAAAUCUUGGAGAUCGCAUCAAAAGGGAGACAUCACGGGUCACCGACAAGGCUGACAAGGACACAGACGGUGGCGCGGCAGAGGAACCUAUACUGUCUCGAUUGACUCGCGUGGAAGAGCAGCAGGCGCAGACAGACACGGAUGCGGUGGCUGCGGAGGAAAAAGAGGAGCGGCACGUGGGUCAUGAGCUGUCAGAUCAACACCUGCUGUACAAUGACCUGUUCCAAAGCUACAACAAGCACAUCCGUCCCGUGCACCACCAUGACGAGAUUAUCACAGUGCACUUUGAGGUGGCUCUCUUCAACGUGCUCUCCGUGGACACCAAGGCGGGUCUUAUGAUGACCAACACAGAGGUCAUUCAGAUCUGGAACGAUCCCUACUUGGGCUGGGACCCGCUGUACUACAACCAGACCAAGUACCUGCGUGUCCUGUACAGCGACGUGUGGCAUCCUGACAUCAUCCUCUACAACUCAGCGGACACUAGCUACGAGGAUUCAAUGAUAAAUACCAACAUCAUCAUAGACUACGAUGGCACGGUGACGCUGCUGACCCACGGCAUCUUCACCUCCGUGUGCGAUAUGGACAUCCAGUGGUUUCCCUUUGACCAGCAGACCUGCGACAUGAUCUUCUCCUCGUGGACUAUGGACAUGCACCAGAUGAUGCUGGAGUUAGGUCCCUCAGACAUCACUCGCUAUCACGCCAACCAAGAGUUCUUCCUUGAGGACUUUUACUCGGAGCAGUUUCUGGAUUACGAUCCAUGUUGCAAAGAGCCCUUUUCUGUCAUCAGUUACCACAUUCAAAUGCAGAGACGUGUCAAGUUUGCGUUAUUCUUCUUCAUCGUUCCCGGAGUUCUCAUUAAUAUUUGCGCUUUGCUCGUAUUUUCAUUGCCUGCCGAGUCCGGGGAGAAGGUCGGGCUGGGCAUCAACUCCAUGCUGGCCAUGAUGGUGUUCCUGAUGGCCAUGACGGAGAACCUGCCACCUUCACAGACCCUUCCCGUGGCAGGUGUAUACUACGGCGUGUGUCUCAUCUUGAUCACCUUCAACAUUGUCUUCUCCGUGUACGUCCUCAACUUGUCAUAUGGCGGUGACCGUGGCUACGAUGUGCCGGAGUGGAUGAGGAAACUGGUCCUCUUCACGGCCCGUGCUGUUUACAUGAAGAUUCCGGACUUUAUCUAUGAAUCAUGGGAACUUAAUAAGGACAACUUGAAGGACAGCGUGAACACCGUCACUGAGCUGAAAGGAUUCAAACAUGUCAACGCCAAUCUGAUCACAGUGGAGUCCAAAAACUUCUACCAGGAUAGCCACAUGUUCAAAGAUCCUUAUCAGCGGCGCUCACUCGAGGCAUUGGAGGGAAUCCUGCAGGUGUUGACGCGGGAGGAGAAUGAGACCCACACCCGUGCCAAGAAGGACAUGCUGGUGGAGGAGUGGAAGUUUCUGUCGCGAGUGAUCGACAGAUUCCUUUUUAUCAUCUUCACCAUCGCCACAGCGCUCUUCAACAUCAUCAUUCUCACCCAGUCGCCUUACGGGGAGAAGUUCGAGUACUGUCCUCUUGGGCGAGGCAUGUGCGGCGACGAUUACGAGUUGGAGAGUGUGGCAGACCUCGCCGCCAAAGGGGGACUCAGCGGCAGUGGUGGAGGACACUAGGAAUAGACAGAAGGGGGUGUUCCCGCGGCAUUCUCUUAGAGCAUCAAGAACAACAACAUAAUAUGACAGAAUCAACAACAUCCACAACAUAAAGACGUCACAUACUAUGUUAUUUGAUAAUAAUUUUUACUGUUACAAUUCUUACUGUUAUUGUUAUCAAUCAUUCUUUUUUUUCUUCUUCCUUUCCGUACAUGAAGCAGAGGGGGAGUUUCUGUGAGUUGACAGAGUUUGAAUAUAUAUUUUUGAGUGACACUUUCAAGGAGUAGCGCAUCAUAAAGAAAGAUAAGAAAAUAUAUUACAUCAAAAUAAACAACACUCAUUACAGAAAUUGUUUUCAUUGUAUAACGUACAACAAAACAUGAGUAUCUUUGGGUCUUCAUAAAAAUUGAUGAGAAAUUGAUCCGAACUCGUACUAGAAAAAAAAUAAAUAAAUAGAUAAUUCGUACCCGCUUUGGACGAAUGAAGACUAAACCUCGCUUUAGAUUGAUUAAACCACUGAUCCAGAAAUAAUGAUGAUUCAACGUGUUAAUAACAAGAAAGCACUUCACCUGACUUUGAUUCUGACUACACUUUUUUUUCUUACUUAGUGCUGAUUUCUCUUCAUGAUGCAAAGGAAAUAUACAUCAGUAAAUAGGUAAACAAGCAUAGUAUAAAUAAACAGUAUAGGUAGAUCAGUACAAAACAAUAAAAUUAAGGAAAGUUAAGCAAAUUAUUCCAUAAAAAUCGCUUAAUACCACACACAAAUGAAAUCACAGUGCACAUGCAUCUAUCCUCUCUUUACUUGUUUUUGCUGUUGACGAGAAAGUAUAAUCGUAAUGGGCAUUGGGUACAUGAAAACAUUGCAAUAACCAUAGUGGUGUAUGCGAAACCUUCUGAGUGACGCAAACACAACCGUAUACUGAGUGAUGCAAAUCGCUUAUUCUUCAUUGUAAACCUUAUUGAGUUAGUGUGGGUGGUUCUCGUGUGACAAAGACCAUCCUUACGUGGUGCUUUAUUUUGCUGAAAGGUACGCUGCACGGUGUCACUUCCUCUUCGCCGCAUAUAUACUGCUAUUUGAUGUUGUGUCUCUUUGCGGCAAACAUGCCGACGGGAGGUGAAAAUGACAAGCUUCAACUUCUGAGAAAUGUGCAAUUAGAAUAGAAGAAAAUAAAAGAAGGAGAAAAGAUACUUAUAAUGAUAAGAUCCGAAACUAAGGAAUAGAGUAUAAAGACUAGUUGCAAGUGUACAAAUACAUGCACGCAC